CUGUUCGAGUCGCCCAUGAGCAGCGUUUUCUGCAGGAGCACCAGUAUGGUCCAAAUAGCAUUGGUUUGCGUUGGUUUCCUUUUGUUACCAUCCCAGCUGCUGUCCCUGCUGGCCUUCAUCUGCGAGGAGGUGGUGUCACAGUGCACUCUGUGCGGGGGGCUGUACUUUUUUGAAUUCGUGAGCUGCAGCGCCUCCCUCCUGAGCCUCCUCAUUCUCAUCGUGUACUGCACUCCCGUUUAUGACAAAGUUGACGCCGUGAAAGUCAAGUCCUCGGACUUCUAUAUUACUUUGGGAACAGGAGUUGUGUUUUUGUUGGCGUCCAUCAUUUUUGUUUCCACGCAUGACAGGACCUCAACGGAAUACGCUGCAACUGUGUUCGGAUUUAUAGCAAGUUUUAUGUUCCUGUUUGACUUUGUCUUUAUGUGCCUUGAAAAGCGAAAGGAAUCUCCGCUCAGGAAGACUGAGAAUACCAGUAGGACAGAAACCCUGACUGAGCCCCUGAAUGCGUAGACGCGGGAGCAGCUGUCCCAAAAGGAGGGGAAGACAGUUUCUUUAAAAACUACAGAGGUCGACUGAUAAUGUUUCUAUCAUUCUAGAACAUUCUGUUAACUAGGCUCAGCUUUAAAUUAUGCUUUAUAGCUGUGUGAGCAGCAUGAUUAUAUUCAAGCAUGUAGAAAUUGUUUCAUUUCAAAAUUAACUUGCUUAGCUUUUAGGUUGUUUUGAUGAUUAGCUUACAUUCUGUUAAUGAGAAAUUCACAUAUAUUUAGGAGAUUAAUAUUUAAAAUGUUGGUCUAGGGUUUUUGUUUUUUUUCUUUAUAAUAUCAGGCUUUACUGUACCUCACUCAGCCUUAAAAUUAUAUUGUAACAUUUUAGAACUCUUAGUAACUCUUUCUGAGAACUUUGUAUCGUCUAAUUUAAAAUGUCUGGGAGAUUUUGGCAUUUUGUGUGUGUAAAAGCCACAAGGUCAGCCUAAUGUUUGUUACUGCACUUUGAUUGUUGAUAUCAACUUUAAAAAAGAAGAGAUUAUUAUGUUAUAUAUAGAAAAAUUGAAGAAAUGUCUAAGGACCAAAGAUGUAAAAAAGAUAGACUUUUCUCCAACUAUAGUGAACGUAAUUAUAAAAAUCGGCUUCCACCACUUACCGAGUGUCUUAAUAGACGAGUCCGUGCCAGGCGUUAGAAGACGGCCCAUUCCCUUGUUAGCUACGAUUACCCACCUACACAGUGGAGGGCGCAUACUCGCCAGAGAGACUGGGAGAGGGAGAAAACCCCCCCAGUGGGGCAUGGUCGUGCCGCAGCCCUUCCUCCUCCAUUUCUCCAUCCUGUCCGGAUUUGGGGCACACAUGCACAGACGCCUGGCGUGUUUUUCAAGCUGGCAGAGCUAGGAUUUGAAAUAUGUGCUCGGCCAUGUGGGACCUGGCUUCCUUAACCACUGGGCCAUGGGCCCGGGCCUGCACAUGAUUGUUUCUACUUAGUACAAAGCUGCAGGUCCUCUUCGUGUUUUCUUCAGAGCCAGUCUUGUCCUUUGACUCUUCACUUCCUCAAGAUGUUCCCUUUCUGUCUCCUUACUAGAGGGAUUCUCUGCCACUUCAUCCCCUGGCAGAGGUGGGCCUCUGGCUCUUACUCUUUAUUG